AUGAAGGCUGUGUUCGGUAUUGACAAUUUCCGUCUUUGCCAGGAAGGCGUCUGUAAUGCAAAUAUGGAUGGUAGAGACGCAGUGUGCGUGAUGCCAACGGGCGGUGGGAAGUCUUUGACAUACCAGCUGCCUGCGCUCCUCAUGCCGGGCCUCACCGUGGUCAUAUCGCCCCUGCUGUCGCUGAUGACUGAUCAAAUUCUGCACCUGCAAGAAUCAGGAGUCGAAGCUUGCAUGAUCAACGGCUCCACACCUAAGGGGGAAAUGGCAAACAUCCGCCGUGCACUUGAAGCCAUGGCUUCCGGCAGAGCGAAUGGCCUCCCUCAAUACAAACUCAUGUAUGUUACCCCGGAGAUGCUUGCCAAGAGUAAUAAAUUGCAAGUGCUCUUUGAGAAGAUUUACAACGGGAACAGACUCGAGCGUUUCGUAAUAGAUGAGGCGCAUUGCGUUUCGCAGCUCGGUCAUGAUUUCAGACCCGACUACAAGAAAUUGAACAUCCUUCGUAAACUAUUCCCUCGCGUGCCAAUUCUCGCAUUAUCAGCGACGUGCCCACCCAAGAUACUUCUCGACGUGAUGAAGACGCUGGGUAUGAGACAACCUGUCGAAGACGGGAACGCUGCCGGGACCAAGGGAACUGUCUACUUCUCGGCUCCACUCUACAGGAAGAACUUGCAUUAUUCUGUACUGCCGAAGCCGUCUGCGAAUGCGCAGGUUAUUGCCACCUUGAAGGACUACAUCCUUGAUCACCAUCGUGGCCAAUCUGGGAUCAUCUACUGCCUCAGCAGAAAAGAGGCGGAAAGCGUUGCGUCAGAACUCGCUGCCGCGAGCGAAAAUCAAAUCAGGACAGGAGUAUACCAUGCGGAGAUCCCUGACAAGGCAAAGCAGAACCUUCACCACCGGUGGAGAAAAGGCGAGGUCCAGGUCGUGUGCGCAACAAUCGCGUUUGGGCUAGGGAUCGAUAAAGGAGAUGUUCGUUUCGUGCUGCAUCACUCUAAAUCGGUCGAGGGCUUCUAUCAGGAGUCUGGACGUGCUGGACGUGAUGGCAACGAUGCGGACUGUGUGCUGUACUACAGACCGCAAGACGCCACUCGCCUUUCACAACUAGUGCUGAACGACGUGAACGGGCAGAGCAAACUACAUGAGAUGCUCCGAUUCGCACAAGACAUGGAGGAGUGCCGCAAAAUCCAGUUCGCCAACUACUUUUCUGCCUCGUCACAGUUGUCCGUUGCAUCGUGGACGACGCAGGAAACAGACGCACUAGAGCGCUGCGGGCACUGUGACAACUGCACGCGCGCUCCGGAGUCAGUUAAGCGAUUGGACGUGAGGCUGCACGCGUGGCAGAUCCUGCAUGUCGCGGAGGCCGUGCAAGACGCCAGAGGGCGCGUUACUAUUGCCCAACUGGCCGACCUCGCUAGAGGAUCAGGCGGCGCUAGCUUUACCAUGACUAGCAGCCAAAAAGGCAGAGGCCGCGGUAAGGAAAAGGAGAGAAUUGCGCUUGACCUCGAGGAGGUUGCCGGUGGGAAGGUUGAGUUAGCGAAAGAGGAAACGGAGCUGCUUUGCACGCAUCUGCUCGUCCAGCGCUAUCUCCAAGAAGACUUCCACGCAACCCCAUACAGCGUCAACGUGUAUGUCUGCCCCGGCCCGAACGCUGCACGGUUUACUCGGUUGUCAAGGAAUGACGUCCAGGAGAGACAUAAAGGUCCUCCCAUGGAAUAUUGCUUUCCGAGUAAGACGAGGAAACAGGAGAAGUCCCGCGAAAAGGCAAGACAUUCCAAUGCUAAUGAUUACCCUAAGCCAAGCGGUGUAAAGAGGAAAAGGUCGACGCAAACCGCACUAUCCGCUCAAGUCUACGAUCAUGGAGAAGAUGCCGACUUACCAGACGUAGAUGCUGCUGGAGGCGAGAUCAUUGUCCUGGGUGGCAGUGAUGAAGAAACGGAAGCCGUUGACUGGGAGUUCUCGUUACGUCGCGGUAUGCCAUCAAGAAAGAUACCUCGAACUAUGGAUACAAGGAGAGCUACAGGAUCGGCGAACAACAGCAGGUCAACGGCUGAACAAGAGGAUGUAAUAAGUAUAUCGGACUAA